AUGGACCGGGUGAAGAUCGUUGAUUCGGUUCAGGUUUUCGAGUGGAGUUGGAUAGCUGAUCACGUCCCUGCGGAGGCUGCUGAGGAGCUUCAGCAGCUAUCAAUUCUUCUUACUGGUGUGCAAAUGUCGAAGCAGGAAGAUCGUUGGUUUUGGAGUGCUAGUUCUGAGGGUGUUUUUUCGGUUAAGGCUUUGAAGCGGUUGCUGUUUGAUGAGCAUCGCCUCGGUCAAGUUUUUAUUUUGGACUGGUGCAAGUGGGUUCCUGCUAAAUGUAAUAUUCUCGCUUGGAGGUUGGAAAUGGGUAAAAUUGCAACCAGGGAAGCUCUGAUAAAAAGACAGAUUCACGUAGAAGACUCCGUAUGCCCGCUUUGUAACUCGGAGGAGGAAUCGGCAGACCACCUCUUCAUCUCAUGCUACGUUGCUUCAGUUAUUUGGAAUGCGGUUAGUAGUUGGUGCAAGAUCCCUUGUAUCUUCGCGUUUUCUAUUAAGGAUCUUUUCGGAGUGCACUCGAACCUGAAGGUGUCGGAACGUAAAAAGGAGGCGGUUCAAGGUUUCAUCUUGAUUGUCUGCUGGAGCAUUUGGCGUGCCAGGAACAAUCUUGUUUUCAGCAACAAACCGGUAAAAAUUGAUUGUAUAGUUAGCGAGGUGAAGGUGUUGGGUUUUUUGUGGUUUAAGAAUAGGUCUAGAUUUAAAAGUUUAGAUUGGAAGGAGUGGGUUUCGUUUGUGAAUAUGUAA